ACAUCCCCAGUGAAGAUGCCGGCUAGAGUGUUGAUAGGGGAAGUGCAGCCAGCAACCCCAGUUCCUCCGUAUGAAAUGCUGAAAGAACAAGGAGAGGAGAUCCCUCUGGGAGAAUUCUUCCCAAAAAACACCCCCCUGUCACCCGAAUGGAUGGAGAGAGCAAAGACCCAGCUACUAAAAUGGAGGAUGGCUUUCUCAAAAAACGAGUUCGAUGUGGGGCUGGCCAAAAGUGCUGAACACAAGAUCCGGCUGGAAGAGGACAAACCUUUCCGGGAAAGGGUCAGGCGGAUUCCACUGGGAGACCUGGAAGAUUUGCGAGAGCAACUGGCUGAGCUGAAGAGAACAGGCAUCAUCCGGGAGUCUCGGAGCCCCUAUGCCUCCCCGAUAGUGGUAGUGAGAAAGAAGAAUGGGUCGUUACGGCUGUGCAUUGACUACAGGACACUGAAUCGGAGGACCAUUCCCGACCAAUACACCACCCCCAGAAUAGAAGAUGCCUUACAGAGCUUGUCGGGGGCGAAGUGGUUCAGUGUGCUGGACCUGAAGAGUGGGUACUACCAGAUUCCCAUGCACCCUGAAGAUAGGGAGAAGACAGCUUUCAUUACCCCGGUGGGGUUUUUUGAAUUUAACCGCAUGCCACAAGGCUUGUCGGGGGCCCCGGCCACCUUCCAGAGGUUGAUGGAGAAGACUGUAGGUGAUAUGAAUUUAAUUGAAGUGCUGGUAUACCUGGAUGAUGUGAUAGUGUUCGGCAGAACACUGGAAGAGCACGAAGAGCGCCUGGAGAAAGUCUUGAGUAGACUCCAUGAAGAGGGCCUGAAGCUUUCGAUGGAAAAGUGCAAAUUUUACCAGUCAUCAGUGAGUUAUCUGGGUCACAUAGUGUCCGCGGAAGGAGUGGCCACGGACCCGCAGAAGCUGGAUGCUGUCACCUCAUGGCCCCAAAUGGUCACAAAUGUGACUGAACUCAGGUCCUUUCUGGGAUUCUGCUCCUACUAUCGCAGAUUUGUUGAAGGGUUCGCCAAGAUAGCUCACCCACUCACUGAACUAUUAAAGAACCAAGAGGGGGCUGGGUCGGACCCUGAUGGACCUGGGAAGCCUAAGGAGGGUCCCAGGAAGAAGAAAGAGUCGAUUGAAGACCAAUGGACCACUCAGUGUGAAGAGGCCUUUUACAGUUUGAAGCGGAGCCUCACUACUGCCCCGGUUUUGGCCUACGCAGACCCUGCCAGGCCUUAUGAACUGCAUGUGGACGCCAGUCGAGAUGGACUGGGUGGAGUACUCUACCAGGAGUAUGACGGGCACCUACGACCCAUUGCCUAUGUGAGCCGAAGUUUGACACCCGCUGAAAGGAUACCCACUCACAAACUUGAGUUCCUGGCUUUGAAGUGGGCAGUAGUGGACAAACUGAGAGACUACCUAUAUGGCGCAGAAUUUGUGAUCAAGACAGAUAACAAUCCUCUCACCUACCUACUCACCACAGCAAAAUUAGAUGCUACAGGGCAUAGGUGGCUGGCUGCACUCUCUGGAUUCACCUUCAGUCUAAAAUACCGUCCAGGGGUCGGAAAUCGGGACGCUGAUGCAUUAUCCAGAAGGCCCCACUACGAUUGGAACUCGCCGGAAGGUUGGACCCAACUUACCCCUGAAGGUGUGAGGGCUCUUUGUGAAGGAGCAGAACAACCAGCGAAGGGUGGAGCCAGGGCUGAGGAGGUAGGAGUGUCCGCUGUGGGAGUGCCUAGGGGCUACUGUAAUGUCACUCAAGUGGUGGAUGAGGGUUUGCCUAAACUGUCCAGGAAGGACCUCCGAAGAGAUCAGCAAGAAGAUCCCCUCUGUAGCCUUGUGUCGGAGGCCUUGGAGACUCAACAUUCUGAUCUACUCCUACAGAGCGCCAAGAAGGAAGCUCGCCUGUUAUGCAAGGAGUGGAGUCGGUUACAGCUGAAACAAGGAGUGGUGUACAGGAGGGCCCCCUCUGAAGAUCUGGAGGAGAAGUGGCAGUUGUUCCUGCCGGAGAAACAUAGGGAAAGAGUUCUGAUUGCUCUGCAUGACCACCAUGGCCUUGGAUCGGAAAGGACCCUUCAAUUAGUGAGAGACAGGUUUUACUGGCCAUACAUGCGAUCUGAAGUGGAGAAUUACUGUCGCUCUUGUCUCAGGUGCAUACAAAGGAAGUCUUUACCUCAGAGAGCCGCCCCAAUGGGCCAUAUGGAAAGCCACGGACCCAUGGAUCUAGUAUGUAUAGACUUCUUGUGUGUGGAAUCCGAUCUCAGUGGGCAAGGAAAUAUUUUGGUAGUCACGGACCAUUUCACCAGAUAUGCUCAGGCCUUUCCAGCCAGGGAUCAACAAGCGCCUACUGUGGCAAAGAUCUUGGUGGAGAAAUUCUUCAUCCAUUACGGCCUGCCUCAGCAUCAUUCAGAUCAAGGAAGGGAUUUUGAGAGCACCCUCAUUAGGCAGCUACUGGACUUGCUGGAUAUAAAAAAAUCUAGGACUACCCCCUAUCACCCACAAGGGGAUCCACAACCCGAAAGAUUCAAUAGAACUCUCCUCAACAUGUUAGGAACACUGGCCUCGGAGCAGAAACAACAGUGGAGUAAACACAUUGCAGCCAUGGUACAUGCUUAUAACAGCACCGUGAGUGAUGCCACAGGAUAUUCACCCUAUCGCCUAAUGUUUGGUCGGGAAGCUCGUUUGCCGGUGGAUCUGGCGUUUGGUACUUCUUUAGACCACACUUCGGAGGCCUCUCAUCGAGGAUAUGUGGGCAGAUUACGGAAGAGUUUGAAGGCCGCAUAUGAGAAAGUUCGGGCCACCUCAGAUGCGAGGGGACGCAGGAAUAAGAGGAACUUUGACCUCAGAGUGCGGAUCCAAGACCUGCAACCUGGAGACCGAGUGCUAUUGAGAAAUCUGGGUGUACCAGGAAAACACAAGUUGGCUGAUCGCUGGAAGUCACAGCCAUUCAUCAUAUGCAGGCGCCUCCCGGGAUUACCGGUAUACGAAAUCAGACCAGAAGAGAGUACUGGACCACUGAAGGUAUGGCAUCGGAAUCACCUUCUGCCCUUAACAGAAGCAGUCAGGAAAACUCCACGACGGGAACUAUCGCCUAUGGCUGAGCCUCGACCUGUAACUAGGUCUCAGUCAGGAUCCCUGGCCACAGAAGGUAGUGAGAAAGAGGAUGGGAUGGAGAUAAGCUGGGUGUGGUCGCCUGAGAUGCCGGAAACUGAUACUAAUUGCUUACCUCAUGAGCAGGAGACAGACACUGUGACUUUGAGACCUGAGGCCCCGGAAUUUGUGCCGCAAAGUGGGCAUUCUGAGGAUCACUCACCCGCUGACACUGAGGUGCAAGAGUGUGAGGCAGAAGAAGAGACAGCGCCUACUCCUAAAAGACAAAGAGUCAAGAGGGAAGUUCAUGCGCCUAAGAAACUGACUUAUGAUAUUCUGGGCGAAUGUUCUGAACAGGCCUGGCUUGCCCCCAAAAGAAUUCCUGAUAUGCCUGGUCUCCUUACUGUAAACCUAGAAGGAGAGAACCCCAACUCACCCCUGGACACAUCUGUACCAGACACUGCGGUGUCACCUGAGAGUGCACAGAACAGCCUCCAUCUUAUGAAAAGUGUGGCUCGGUGGUGUGGAACUGAAGGCGCCCGUUCCGAAGCGAGCGUAGCCAUCGCCCUCCCGGGAGAAACCUGGGAUAGUGAGCAGAUCAAAAAGGUUGUGAAGGCACUGUCCCCAAAUAGAAAGGCCUGGGUGAUCGCCAUCAGACCAGACUGUGAAACCUCCCACACCUAUGCCCUAUUGGAGUGGAGGACGGAAGUUCCGGAGAACUUCAGGGGUCCGAGUGUACAGCUAGCUGGAGGAACCAAGUUAUACCUGACACAUCCAGAAGGGUCUGGUCAGAGCACUGCCAACUCUAGCCUUGUAAAGCCAACGGCGCUGGGAUUUGAUCAGAAAACAACCCCAGCCCAUACCAGUUCAAGACCCCCUCAAGGGAAGGUAAAACCUGUAUAUGGAAAGUACAGGGGAGGUUCUCAGUCAGAGCAGCAGCUAUCUGACCUGAAACGGCAGUGCCGCACCAUACAGGAAAGGUUCAAGGAGGCCUCUGGUGUGAUCGCAGGACACAUUGAAGAGCUAAGUGUCUCGUGCAAAGAUUCAAAUAACAGUAAGCUAAGCUCGAGGUCUGCCUCAGUUCCCUCGAGACGUACCAAAAAUCGCCUACCUGAAGUGACGAUCCGGAAGGAUUUUAAAAUCGAAGGACGGAUAGGGGAAAAAGACCAAGGGGGAAGCCUGUCCUAUACAAAUCUCUUACAUCAGGUGGAGCUGGGACUUCAGAAGGGCUAUCAUGAAUCUGAGAUCACAGAGGCCGUAGUCAACGCCAUUAGCCCGGAUCUGAGCAUCAGAAGGAUGUUGGAGAUGAAGAAUGGGUUAACUCUGACACAGCUCAGGAGGAUAUUAAAAAGUUACUAUAAGGAGGAAGAUGCUGCGGAAUUGUAUCAUCAACUAAUAAAUAUGGCACAAGACACCCAGGAGACCCCGCAGAAUUUCCUGUUCAGGGCCAUCGCUCUGAAGGAUCGCUUGUUGUCCGCCUCCCGAGAAGAAGACUCGGAUGGACAUCUUGGGCCAGAAGUCAUCCAGAAGAAGUUCUUGAGGUCUGUGGCUACAGGACUGAGGAGUGACUAUGUUAAAUUCCAGUUGCGACAGUACCUGGAUGAUCCUUCCACCUCAGAUGAGGUGCUCAUUGAAGAGACCAAUGAGGCGGCCCGGAUGGAAACAGAGGGAGAGAAGAAGCAAGGGAAAGCUCAGUCCAGUAUCACCGCAAGGAUCAGAUGGCAUAACGCUGAUGUCUCACAGGGCUUCCCGGAGACUAGUGUUUUGACAGCAACCGCUGAUGAUAUGCCCCGUUCUGAACUAGGAAAGCUAUUUCAAGUGCAGAAGGAAAUACUGGAGAUGAUGACUUUGUUGACCGCUAGGCCAGAGGGCCCACAGAGGCAGAAGGCCCCACCGGACCCCGCAGUCACUCAAAUUGAGAGACCGGUGAGGGACUUCUAUGAGAAGCACCUCAGGCACCUGCCUCUCCAGAAGCUGGAGGAACUGGAGAUAUGGGGUCUAGGAACUCAAAAUUUCCCAUAUGACUGUUUCCUGCCUAUUAAGCUCACCUUCGACCCAAGCGUGGCCGGGGAGGCUGAAGUCUUCGAUGCUCUGGCAGUAGUAUGCCCCCGCCCACCAGGGGCGGACAAGAUGGGAAGAGUCUGGCGUUUGGAUAGACGAGAAAAGGUGAUACAGCCUGGUGAGGUGGUCUGCCUGCGAGCUUCUGUCAAGCUCACUUGGGAACAACCAGGACCUUUCAUCGUCCUUGAGACGGACAGAACACAGGGGAACAACGAGUUGGAGAUAGUCCCCGAAUUGCUACCAACUAAAUUACUGAAGAGAAAAAGAGGGAAAGUCUCCGUCAGCGUCCGGAACACCACAACAUCCCCAGUGAAGAUGCCGGCUAGAGUGUUGAUAGGGGAAGUGCAGCCAGCAACCCCAGUUCCUCCGUAUGAAAUGCUGAAAGAACAAGGAGAGGAGAUCCCUCUGGGAGAAUUCUUCCCAAAAAACACCCCCCUGUCACCCGAAUGGAUGGAGAGAGCAAAGACCCAGCUACUAAAAUGGAGGAUGGCUUUCUCAAAAAACGAGUUCGAUGUGGGGCUGGCCAAAAGUGCUGAACACAAGAUCCGGCUGGAAGAGGACAAACCUUUCCGGGAAAGGGUCAGGCGGAUUCCACUGGGAGACCUGGAAGAUUUGCGAGAGCAACUGGCUGAGCUGAAGAGAACAGGCAUCAUCCGGGAGUCUCGGAGCCCCUAUGCCUCCCCGAUAGUGGUAGUGAGAAAGAAGAAUGGGUCGUUACGGCUGUGCAUUGACUACAGGACACUGAAUCGGAGGACCAUUCCCGACCAAUACACCACCCCCAGAAUAGAAGAUGCCUUACAGAGCUUGUCGGGGGCGAAGUGGUUCAGUGUGCUGGACCUGAAGAGUGGGUACUACCAGAUUCCCAUGCACCCUGAAGAUAGGGAGAAGACAGCUUUCAUUACCCCGGUGGGGUUUUUUGAAUUUAACCGCAUGCCACAAGGCUUGUCGGGGGCCCCGGCCACCUUCCAGAGGUUGAUGGAGAAGACUGUAGGUGAUAUGAAUUUAAUUGAAGUGCUGGUAUACCUGGAUGAUGUGAUAGUGUUCGGCAGAACACUGGAAGAGCACGAAGAGCGCCUGGAGAAAGUCUUGAGUAGACUCCAUGAAGAGGGCCUGAAGCUUUCGAUGGAAAAGUGCAAAUUUUACCAGUCAUCAGUGAGUUAUCUGGGUCACAUAGUGUCCGCGGAAGGAGUGGCCACGGACCCGCAGAAGCUGGAUGCUGUCACCUCAUGGCCCCAAAUGGUCACAAAUGUGACUGAACUCAGGUCCUUUCUGGGAUUCUGCUCCUACUAUCGCAGAUUUGUUGAAGGGUUCGCCAAGAUAGCUCACCCACUCACUGAACUAUUAAAGAACCAAGAGGGGGCUGGGUCGGACCCUGAUGGACCUGGGAAGCCUAAGGAGGGUCCCAGGAAGAAGAAAGAGUCGAUUGAAGACCAAUGGACCACUCAGUGUGAAGAGGCCUUUGUACAGUUGAAGCGGAGCCUCACUACUGCCCCGGUUUUGGCCUACGCAGACCCUGCCAGGCCUUAUGAACUGCAUGUGGACGCCAGUCGAGAUGGACUGGGUGGAGUACUCUACCAGGAGUAUGACGGGCACCUACGACCCAUUGCCUAUGUGAGCCGAAGUUUGACACCCGCUGAAAGGAAUUACCCAACUCACAAACUUGAGUUCCUGGCUUUGAAGUGGGCAGUAGUGGACAAACUGAGAGACUACCUAUAUGGCGCAGAAUUUGUGAUCAAGACAGAUAACAAUCCUCUCACCUACCUACUCACCACAGCAAAAUUAGAUGCUACAGGGCAUAGGUGGCUGGCUGCACUCUCUGGAUUCACCUUCAGUCUAAAAUACCGUCCAGGGGUCGGAAAUCGGGACGCUGAUGCAUUAUCCAGAAGGCCCCACUACGAUUGGAACUCGCCGGAAGGUUGGACCCAACUUACCCCUGAAGGUGUGAGGGCUCUUUGUGAAGGAGCAGAACAACCAGCGAAGGGUGGAGCCAGGGCUGAGGAGGUAGGAGUGUCCGCUGUGGGAGUGCCUAGGGGCUACUGUAAUGUCACUCAAGUGGUGGAUGAGGGUUUGCCUAAACUGUCCAGGAAGGACCUCCGAAGAGAUCAGCAAGAAGAUCCCCUCUGUAGCCUUGUGUCGGAGGCCUUGGAGACUCAACAUUCUGAUCUACUCCUACAGAGCGCCAAGAAGGAAGCUCGCCUGUUAUGCAAGGAGUGGAGUCGGUUACAGCUGAAACAAGGAGUGGUGUACAGGAGGGCCCCCUCUGAAGAUCUGGAGGAGAAGUGGCAGUUGUUCCUGCCGGAGAAACAUAGGGAAAGAGUUCUGAUUGCUCUGCAUGACCACCAUGGCCACUUGGGAUCGGAAAGGACCCUUCAAUUAGUGAGAGACAGGUUUUACUGGCCAUACAUGCGAUCUGAAGUGGAGAAUUACUGUCGCUCUUGUCUCAGGUGCAUACAAAGGAAGUCUUUACCUCAGAGAGCCGCCCCAAUGGGCCAUAUGGAAAGCCACGGACCCAUGGAUCUAGUAUGUAUAGACUUCUUGUGUGUGGAAUCCGAUCUCAGUGGGCAAGGAAAUAUUUUGGUAGUCACGGACCAUUUCACCAGAUAUGCUCAGGCCUUUCCAGCCAGGGAUCAACAAGCGCCUACUGUGGCAAAGAUCUUGGUGGAGAAAUUCUUCAUCCAUUACGGCCUGCCUCAGCGGAUCCAUUCAGAUCAAGGAAGGGAUUUUGAGAGCACCCUCAUUAGGCAGCUACUGGACUUGCUGGAUAUAAAAAAAUCUAGGACUACCCCCUAUCACCCACAAGGGGAUCCACAACCCGAAAGAUUCAAUAGAACUCUCCUCAACAUGUUAGGAACACUGGCCUCGGAGCAGAAACAACAGUGGAGUAAACACAUUGCAGCCAUGGUACAUGCUUAUAACAGCACCGUGAGUGAUGCCACAGGAUAUUCACCCUAUCGCCUAAUGUUUGGUCGGGAAGCUCGUUUGCCGGUGGAUCUGGCGUUUGGUACUUCUUUAGACCACACUUCGGAGGCCUCUCAUCGAGGAUAUGUGGGCAGAUUACGGAAGAGUUUGAAGGCCGCAUAUGAGAAAGUUCGGGCCACCUCAGAUGCGAGGGGACGCAGGAAUAAGAGGAACUUUGACCUCAGAGUGCGGAUCCAAGACCUGCAACCUGGAGACCGAGUGCUAUUGAGAAAUCUGGGUGUACCAGGAAAACACAAGUUGGCUGAUCGCUGGAAGUCACAGCCAUUCAUCAUAUGCAGGCGCCUCCCGGGAUUACCGGUAUACGAAAUCAGACCAGAAGAGAGUACUGGACCACUGAAGGUAUGGCAUCGGAAUCACCUUCUGCCCUUAACAGAAGCAGUCAGGAAAACUCCACGACGGGAACUAUCGCCUAUGGCUGAGCCUCGACCUGUAACUAGGUCUCAGUCAGGAUCCCUGGCCACAGAAGGUAGUGAGAAAGAGGAUGGGAUGGAGAUAAGCUGGGUGUGGUCGCCUGAGAUGCCGGAAACUGAUACUAAUUGCUUACCUCAUGAGCAGGAGACAGACACUGUGACUUUGAGACCUGAGGCCCCGGAAUUUGUGCCGCAAAGUGGGCAUUCUGAGGAUCACUCACCCGCUGACACUGAGGUGCAAGAGUGUGAGGCAGAAGAAGAGACAGCGCCUACUCCUAAAAGACAAAGAGUCAAGAGGGAAGUUCAUGCGCCUAAGAAACUGACUUAUGAUAUUCUGGGCGAAUGUUCUGAACAGGCCUGGCUUGCCCCCAAAAGAAUUCCUGAUAUGCCUGGUCUCCUUACUGUAAACCUAGAAGGAGAGAACCCCAACUCACCCCUGGACACAUCUGUACCAGACACUGCGGUGUCACCUGAGAGUGCACAGAACAGCCUCCCAUCUUAUGAAAAGUGGUGGGAGGCUCCUCUGUCUGUAUUGAGCAGCCGCAUAGAGGCAAAAAUGUGCAGUAGAGUUAAAAAUGUCUUUGGGGACCAAAGAUUCAAAGUGGGGGGAGUAUGUAGCGGGGGCAAUUUUUGCUAUUAAGAAUGCUCAGAUCUG